UAAUUGAUGCUUCAUUAUAAUUAACAGAUGCCAGAUUGUAACUUGACGAUGCCACACUGUAACUGGCAGAUGCCAUUCAGUAACUAAUUGGUGCUAUGUCAUAAUUAACAGAUGCCAGAUUGUAACUGGCAGGUGCCAUUCAGUAACUAAUUGAUGCUUCAUUAUAAUUAACAGAUGCCAGAUUGUAACUUGACGAUGCCACACUGUAACUGGCAGAUGCCAUUCAGUAACUAAUUGGUGCUAUGUCAUAAUUAACAGAUGCCAUUCAGUCACUAGUUGGUGCCACUUCGUAAUUAACAGAUGCCAUUCAGUAAUUUGGAGGUGGCACUCAGUAACUAAAGCAUGCCACUCCAUAACUAAUAGAUCCCUUUCAGUAACUAGUAGGUGCCACUCUGUAACUGACCGGUAGCUUUCCAUAACUAACAGGUGACUAGCAGAUGCCACUCCGUAACCAUCAGAUGGCAUCCUCUGACUGGCACAGCAGCUGAAACCGAACCAGCAGCUAUUUUAAGAAGACAUUCUCAGUUCCUGUCUCAGAGUUUGGUCUUUAAUCCUAUUUAUCAUCCAACUCCUUCAGGACGUGGCAGAACAGAUGACUCAGACACCCUGCCCAGAAAUGCAGGCGGCUGGGAAAGCUGACAGUCACAAGACGUUAUGAUGUAUUUAUGGACUUCACGUUACUCCAUGAUCAGUGACUAACUCUGCGUCCACAGUGCACACGUUUCUAUACUUCGACUCAAACGACGAGGACACGAGGUGACCGCGUUCUUAUUUGUAGUCAGCAAGGAAAAGAGCGGACAGGAAUACCGUACUGGUUCUGACGGGAACGGCCUUGCUAGUCUGUCGUAGUGUUCGAGGAGAAUGCAAACACGCACACACCUGCUGUCUCCUGUCUCCGUUUCAGCGCCCGACCCAGGAGCUGAGGCCUACCUCAACUUUAUGAAGAAACACUCCUGUUACGACGCCAUUCCCACCAGCUGUAAGCUCGUUAUUUUCGACACAGCUCUGCAGGUAAAGAAAGCUUUCUUUGCAUUAGUGGCAAACGGUUUACGAGCAGCGCCGCUAUGGGACAGCAAACUGCAGAGAUUUGUGGGCAUGCUGACCAUCACAGACUUCAUCAGCAUUCUCCAUCGCUUCUAUAAAUCCCCAAUGGUUCAAAUUUACGAGCUGGAGGAUCACAAGAUUCAGACAUGGAGAGGUGAUUCAUUUCAAAAUGUUUACCUGCAGUACUAUAAUCAGAACCUCGUCAGCAUCAGACCUGAAGCGAGCCUUUUCGAUGCCGUUUAUUCCUUACUGAAGCACAAAAUCCACCGUCUGCCUGUCAUCGACCCCGAAUCUGGGAACGUCCUCCACAUUUUAACCCACAAGCGAAUUCUCAAAUUCCUGUAUAUAUUUAGAGCCACGAUCCCAACACCACAAUUUCUGCAGAAGAAAAUUGGAGAAGCAGGAGUGGGGACAUUCAGAGACAUCGCCACCAUCCAGCAGACGGCCACCGUGUACGAUGCUUUGUCCAUUUUCGUGGAAAGACGAGUGUCUGCUCUGCCUGUGGUGGAUGAAACUGGUAAGGUAGUGGCUCUUUACUCAAGAUUUGAUGUGAUAAAUCUGGCAGCGCAGAAAACCUACAACAACCUGAGCAUGAGCAUGGAGGAGGCGUUGAGGAGACGGCGCUGUUUCGUCGAGGGGGUUAUUAAGUGCUAUCCUGACGAAACGUUAGAGACUGCUGUCGACAGAAUCGCUGAUGCAGAGGUUCACAGGCUGGUCCUGGUGGACCGAGAAGACAACACGGUGCGAGGCAUCAUCUCCCUCUCAGAUCUUCUCCAGGCCAUGAUUUUAUCUCCAGCAGGCAUCGACGCUCUGCUCGCUUAACCCAAGCGCGACGGGUCCACUCCUCAUCCUGUGUUCACUCACUUCCUCCUUCUCCUCCAUCACGUCCCACAGAUAUUGCAGAAUGAGAAGCUGUGAUGAACACACACACACAAGCACGUGCGUGCGUCUUGGAAAGAAAAAAAAAGCAUCAGCUGCUAAACUGAAAAUUGUGUCCUUUAUUGUUUUUUGUUGUAAAUAAAAUUUUUGUACAAUUUGUGUUCACACAGCGAAAAU